AUGCAUCUGCUGAGAACUGCCAGUCUCCUUGCGCUUCCCGUUCUGGGGAGCGCACAGUCUUUCGCUACUCGUCAAGCUCCAGAGGCCGCAGAUGAGACCAACAACGCUACUGUCCCUAUUGCUAAGAGCUAUAUUAUCGAGUAUGCCUCGGGAUCUGCUAAAGCUCGUCGCGACGUCGCCCUCGAAGCCGAUAUCAAGGUCGUCAAGAACUUCGAGAGCGACAUAUUCUCCGGCGCCAGCAUUGAGACCGACACCCAUAACAUUGAUAGCUUGCAGAAUCUAGCCGGUGUCGUUCGCGUCUGGCAGAAUACCCGUGUCAGCUUGUCUCCUGUUGAGGGUCUCGAAUCGAUUGAGGAGGCUGCCGCUGGUGACUACAGUCCACAUAACACCACCGGCGUGAGCAAGCUUCAUGACAAAGGCAUUUUUGGAAAGGGAGUCAAGGUUGGCGUUGUUGACUCUGGAACUUGGUACCUGCACCCAGCCCUGGGGGGAGGCUUCGGUCCGGGUUUCAAGGUUGCCGGUGGUUAUGAUCUUGUCGGCAACGGCAUCUGGCCUUAUGAGGAUAAGACCCCAGAUGAUGAUCCGUUGGACCAGCUUGGACAUGGAACCCACGUUGCAGGAAUCAUUGCUGGAAAGAACGACUGGUGGAGCGGAGUUGCCCCUGAGGCGACGCUCUACUCAUACAAGGUCUUUGCUCAACUGGAUGCUACGGACGAUGCUACUCUCAUCGAAGCUUUCCUCCGAGCCUACUCUGACGGCGUUGACAUCAUCACUGCCAGUAUCGGCGGUCCAGGCGGCUGGUCUACGAACGCGUGGGCUGAGAUCGCUUCUCGCUUGGUCGACGAAGGAGUCGUAGUUACCAUCGCUAACGGUAACUCGGGUGCAGCCGGUGCCUUUUUCGGAAGCAGUGGUUCCUCUGGCAAGAACGUACUCGCCGUCGCCUCUGUGGAGACCGAGAAGUAUCCUGCUUCCCCUUUUGAGUUGACAUCAAUUCUCGACGGGAAAACCGAGACUGUCAAGGCUGGAUACUUGCCUUCAACUUACUACUUCUCAUCCGACAUUGUUGACUGGCCAGUCGUUCCUCUGAACUUCGACAUCACCGACCCCGCGGACGGCUGCGAGCCCUACCCCAACGGUACACGAAGCCUCAAGGGCGUUAUUCCCUUGGUGAGAAGAGGCACUUGCACUUUUGCGACUAAGCAGGCCAACCUAGUUGCCAUUGGUGCUGAGUAUAUCUUGUUCUACAACAACGAAAACCCCAUCAUCACUCCCGGAACUGAUGAUGAUGUUGGUCUGAUUGCUCUCAUCACUGCCGCAGCUGGUAAGGCCAUCAUUGAGACGGUCCAAGCCGGCGGCAAUGUCACCGCGGAUUUUUCUCUCAACCCUGAGCAGGUUGUUGGUCUGGAAUAUCCUGCAGGUGGCAGACCUAACACCUUCACUUCUUGGGGUGCUUCAAAUGACCUCGAUAUCAAGCCCGAUAUUGCUGCUCCUGGUGGCCAAAUCUUUAGCACCUACCUUGACGAUACCUAUGCUCUCCUGUCCGGUACAUCGAUGGCCACACCGUACGUAGCAGGUGUUGCGGCGCUCUUCAUCAACGCCCACGGCGGCCGAUCCGUGCACGGCAAGAGCUUCGCCAAAACACUGCAUCGAAGAAUCAUCGCUAGUGGAACCUCUCUUCCCUGGUCUGAUGGAACCGCAACCGACUACGGUUUCUCCGCCUCAGUUGCCCAAGUUGGCAACGGUCUCAUCAACGCCUUCAAGAUCGUCAACUACACCACCGACAUUGCUUUUGAGAAGAUCGCUCUCAAUGACACCCAUUACUUCAGCCGUUACCACGAUGUGAUUGUUACGAACAAUGGUGCCAAGGAUGUCAGCUACAAGCUCUCUUACGAGGCUGCUGCUGGGGUGGAAAUUCUUGGCUGGUACCCAUUCGUCGCACCGUGGGGUGGGGAGAAGAGACUCAAGAGCUUCACGGAGUUGGCGCCGAAGAGCCUGCCUGUCGAGGUAUCUUUGCCGAGAGAUUUCACUCUGAAGCCGGGCGAGAGCAAGACUGUCAGCGUCAACUUCCCCAAUCCCGACGGCCUGGGCUGGAACUCUUCUGCUCUGCCCAUCUAUAGCGGAAAGGUCAUAGUCUCGGGCAAUAAUGGAGAGCAACUUUCCGUGCCCUACCUAGGCCUCGGUGCGAAUCUGAAGGCCGAAAUUAGCCCUAUCUACCGUCCCUCGUACCCAUUCACCACACAGAGAGACUACGUCUACUCAUUCAAUCUCGAUCCAUCUAUCGCGGAUUUCCCCAUCAUCUACUCAAAGCUCAUUUGGGGCAGCAAGGAGGUCCGAUGGGAUAUUUACGAAGCUGGUUGGACUGAGAGGGAAUGGGAAUACCCGCCCGUUCCCGGCCAAAACGGCUACAUUGGCCCAGCCACUAGCCACGUUGUAGCCGGCAGUGUGUCGUACUUUGACCCUACUCUCUACGACCCAGAUGACACCUGGACUUACCCCGAGGUCGACUUGUACCGCAAUGCUCAGACUCAGGCGUCGUACCACGAGUUCUGGUGGUUCGGGAAGCUUGGCAACGGAAGCCAGAUUGAACUCGGAAAUUACACCAUGCGAUUCGCCACGUUGAAGCCUUUCGGAAACCCUGCAGCUGCUGAUAACUGGGAUGUUUUCCAGACACCGCAGAUCCAGGUCACCGGCAAGUACGAGAGGCGAGGGUAG